UAUUUUUAUCAUCGGACCAAGAUGAUUGGUCGUAGAGUUCCGGCGAUUCAGCGAUGUGCCAUAAACAUUGCGCGGCAGCGUUUAUCCGCAUCUCUUUCGCCAUGCCGCUGCAUAUUUACUCCAAGUCGCUCACUUUCUGUUUCUACUCGUGUUCCAACUGCUCAUUUGAGCUUUGUCCCAAUAAGAGCAAUCCAUGCAAGUGGAAUUAGACUUGCUGACGUUAUCGUCGUGAAAGGUCCGGACUUUGCAGAAUCAAUUUCUGAAGGAGAUAUUCGAUGGAUCAAAAAAGUGGGAGAUUUUGUAAACGAGGACGAACUUGUAGCUGAGAUUGAAACUGAUAAGGUAGCUGUGGUGAUCAUUCUACAGGUGCACAUCGGCAAAAUUGACAGCAGGAUAGACCAUCACAUUGAGCACGGUGCUGAAUCAUUGUAUUUCAAAUUACUUUUUGAUGAGAUCUAUUGUUUUUCCCGAUAG